GGAAAACACGGAACAACGGGACACGUCUACGCGCGAUAACGACAACGCGGUUACGUACCCGCAUUGAACUAUAUGAUAACUAUAUUAUCAUAUAGUUCAAUGUAUGCAACCCGGCAAGAACGAAUUAUCUUUUUACUAUAAUUUACAGAUAUCUAUAUUAUACUAACUAUAUUAUAUUAUAUUAUUAUAAUAUAAUAUAGAUACCUGUGCUAUAAUUUUAUCAAGCCGUAUCAGUCCUUUCAUGUUUAUCAGCACUCUCAGUUCUUUACUAUCAGUAACAUUGAUAGACUGAUAAUAAUUGAAAUCUAAUCACAGGCUGUGAAAUGGUUUUUAAAUGAAUUAUUUUUAUUUGAGAAAAUUAAGUUCCAAAUUAUUAUACCUGUUCAUCUAACAUGUUGUACCAUAACAUACAUUGCGUGAAUAAAUUUGAAUCGUACGACGAUUAAUGUAUCAGUUUGUUUCAAAUCAGUACGUAUUUUUGAAUCUAUAAACUACAGACAUGUUAUGCACUACUGGAAAAAUGAAUUUAUUAAGUAACUUGAUGCGCCAUUGUCCGUUGCGAGUAUGUUGCCACGAAAUAUUAAAGUCCAAUUUAUGUUCAUCAACUGUGCUGAGAAAAAAAAGAAAAUCUAGAGAAGAAAAAAAAAUGGUUGUAGCUCCUGCUGUGAACAUACAAUUUAAGCAAAAUAAAACUAUUGAUAUUUGGAAAAACAUGACCAUCUCAGAAUUAGCUGAUGCUACUAAAAUACCAGUAGAUAAUGUUCUUGAAAUAAUUGGAUUUAUUGACGGUGCAGACAAUUAUUCUAAACCUACCAGUAUUAUAGAAAAUAUUUCAAUGCUCCGUGAAAUUACUAAAAAGUGUGGAUUUAAGUCAAAUAUGAUACCAAACCCUAAUAUAAGUAAACAACCAUCUGACAAAUAUAUAAAAGAUGCCUUUAAAAGACCACCUGCACCAUACAAUUCUACUAUUCCAAGACAUCCAGUUGUAACAAUUAUGGGUCAUGUAGAUCAUGGAAAAACAACAUUAUUAGAUACUUUAAGAAAUGCAUCAGUUGCCAAAUCAGAAUUUGGUGCUAUUACUCAACAUAUUGGUGCUUUUAUUGUUGUUCUGGAUAAUGGGAAAAAAAUAACAUUUUUGGAUACACCUGGACAUGCAGCCUUUACUACCAUAAGAAGUCGAGGUGCUCAAGUUACAGAUAUUGUUGUAUUAGUAGUGGCAGCUGACGAUGGAGUAAAAGAACAGACUAUUGAGUCCAUACGAAUGGCUAAAAAUGCAAAAGUUCCCAUCAUUGUUGCAAUUAACAAAAUAGACAAACCUAUGGCAGACAUUGAACGUUGUAAAAAAAUGUUGCAAACUCAAGGUGGAUUGGAUCUCGAAGAAUUUGGUGGUAGUGUACAAGUAGUUCAAAUAUCUGCCCUGCAUGGUACAAAUUUUAACUACUUGAUUGAAUCAAUAUUAACUCUAGCUGAAAUAUUGGAUCUGCGAUCUGACCCUAAUCCUCCUGCAGAAGGUGUAAUAAUAGAAUCAAAAGUUGAUAGUCAUAAAGGAAAAUUAGCAACAGUUCUUGUUCAACGUGGAAAGUUAUUGAAUGGUAGUAUACUUGUAGCGGGUACUGCCUGGGGUAAAGUACGAAAAAUGAUGGAUCAUCAAAGUAAUAUUCUUCAGGAAGCUAAUCCAUCUGAUGCAAUUCAAAUAAUUGGAUGGAAAGAAUUACCGCAAGCUGGACAAGAAUUUUUACAAGUGUCUUCAGAUAAACGUGCCAGGGAAGUAAUUGAUUAUCGAUUAUCUAAAUCUAUUGAAGAAAAACAAAUCGAGGAUAGUGUUCAUAUAUUAUCAAAGCUUGAAGAACAUAAUAAAGAGUAUAAAAAUCAUUUGUUGGAAAAGAGAAAUCAUAGAAUUUAUAGAAGAUCUAAAUUUAGUUCUGUAUAUCAAGAGAAAUUGUUAAAAAAUAGAAAAAAUGAAGAAAAAGAAGAGAUACGUUUAAACAUUGUGAUUAAAGGAGAUGUUAUUGGAUCAGUUGAGGCAAUCUUAGAUGUAUUGGAAACAUAUGAAAGUGACCAAUGCAAGUUAGAUAUUAUUCAUUUUGGUAUUGGUAAUGUUAGUGUAACUGAUAUUGAAUAUGCUGAUGCUUUCCAAGCAAUUGUUUAUGCUUUUAAUGUGGAUGUGUUAAAAGAUGCCGAGGAAAGUGCUCAUCAGAGUAAAAUUGUUAUUAAACAACAUAAUAUUAUCUACAAGUUGAUUGAUGAUAUAAAAGAUGAAAUGAAUAAUAGUUUACCUCCAAUAGAAAUUGAAGAUGUACAAGGAGAAGCCAGUGUGUUACAAGAAUUUUUGAUUAAUGAAAAUAAAAAAAAAAUUCCAGUUGCUGGAUGUAGGUGUAUUAGUGGUACACUAAAAAAAGCUGCACUUUUUAAAGUCAUUCGUGAACCUGAUGAAGUUAUUUACAGAGGAAAGUUAUCUUCUAUGAGACAUCUUAAAGAUGAAGUGGUCACUAUCAAGACAAAUAUGGAAUGUGGUCUACGGUUAGAAGAUACAAAUAUCCGACUGAAUCCUGGUGAUAAAAUAGUGUGUUAUACUUUGCGAGAACAACCACAAACAAUCAAUUGGGAAACUGGAUUCUAAGUGCUUAUUAUUUGUUUUUUUUAUGGGAUGAAUAAUUCUAAUGUGAAUUAAUUUAUAUAGACUUCUGUUACUAGAUAUUGAGUAUGAUAUACAGUUUGUAUUAAAGAAUAAUCUAAAAUAUUCAUAAAAAUACACAAUUAUUUGUUUAAA